UCAGUACUCAAAACACAUUACCCACCAACUUUCAAGACACCCGAAUCAGCAAAGGCAAAUCAUACUUUCAAGGAACCCGAAUCACAUCAACAUACGUCAAAAUGGAUCAUAGAUUGUCAAAACAUGAUAACGGAGUUGCGAUUAAAUCAGGUAGGGGACUGCUAUUAUCUAAACCUUACGAAAGAGAAGGAAGUUUUGCAGUCGGCAUUAAAAAUCAUGCGAGUUCUGGGCCCAAAUUAAUUGAAAUAAUGAAACAGAAGUUGAGUCAUGGUGUCAAAAUGAUUCAACUCGGCAGUCAAGGUAAAAUCUUUAGGAAAACCUUUGGCACCAGAGAGGAAGAGAAACUGUUACAGGCUUCCCAAUGCUACUUGUACACUACAGCAGGCGAGCUGCUAAAGUUCCAAUAUAAGGUGUCAAUCCCGUUAGGAAAGAUAAAAGGAGUAAGAGAAAGCGUGAACAUGAAGAGGCUAUCAUAUAACUACGUGGAGGUCGUGACUGUUGACGAUUUCAGCUUUUGGUUUCUGGGCUUUGUGAAUUAUAAGAAAACAUUAAGAUACGUCCGUCAUGCAAUCGGCUUGAGUGCUUAA